AUGGACGUCAACACCGCAAACCUACUCCCACUGAUUUGGGCCUCAAAGUUCAACCUCGCCGGCAUACCGAACCUCGGCGAUGCUGCAGCAGCAGCAGCAGCUGCAGCGGCGGCCGCAGCCGCCGGAAUGCCCCAAGUGAGCACCGGAACUUCCGCCACGACAACUCCCAACUCCUCCAUUGGAGCCCUCAGUCGCUCGAAUCUAGGAGCAGCAGAGGGCAGCAAUUCCCCGCCACCUUCAAAUGGAGGGGGAGGCCUGUGGCCGGCAGCAGCCGCCGCCGCCGCCCUCUCCGGCGACUUUACCAGCAGCUUCAAGCAGCUGCUGGCAAAUGCCGCAGCCGCUGCUGCCAACGGCGGCGGCUUUCCUCAGACUGCCGAGGAAAUGAACUUCAACGGAGACGGACACACCUCCUUAAACGGAGUCAGCAAUGGCAAUGGGCCCUCCAUUUCGCCCAACUCCGCUCAGCAGCAGCAGCACUGUCCCCAACUGAAUGGCCAUCAGCAGCAGCAGCAGGCGUUCAGUCUGCAACAAGCAAUCAUGGCUCGACUGGGCCAGGCGGCGGCGGCCGCAUCAAUGCUCGACAAGCAAAGUCAGCAGCAGCAGCAGCAGCAAUUCCACGGAAUUGGCGGACCUCCACUUCAGCUCUCCAGCUCAAAGCAACAGCAGCAACAUCAGUCAUUGAUGCAGCAGCUAAUGCCCAGCGGCGGCGGCGGUGGCAGCUACGGCAGCGGACCCUCUUCGCCAG